GUCAGAAACGCAGGCUUUUUGGGUGUCAAAACUAUGAGUAAUGUUAAACUUUACAAAAUUAAUUAUAACGCUAUAUUUGCAAUUAGUGUUAAAAUCAGUUGUGCAAACUACAAAUUAUUGCGAGCCUCAACUAUGUGGGAACAGCAAAUCUCAUACUAUGUGCAUUUACAAAUCAGAAACUCCUGCCCAGAGUUGUGUGAAAUAUGAAAAAAUAAUUAAAAGCGUAGAAGAUAAACAAGCAAUAUUAAAUAAAAUAAACAACAGACGAAAUAAGGUUGCGUCAGGUGAUAUACGCUCCUUGCCACCAGCAGCAAAUAUGAUGAAAGUGGAGUGGAAUGAAGAAUUAGAAUUAUUUGCUCAGCGUUGGGCUGAUCAAUGCGUGAAACACCCAGCGGAUUUGGACACUUGCAGGGACACAGAAACAGCAGCAGUUGGACAGAAUAUAGCUACGGUAUAUGGAGAGUCGCCAGGCCUCAAUCCAUUCACGUUGGUCGAUUUGUGGUAUAUGGAGCUAUUCAAUGCAAAUACAUCUAUAAUAGCAGGAUAUCGAAGGUCCUCGAUGAGUUCUGAACAUUAUAACUUCUUUACACAACUAGUGUGGGCUGAAACAAGUCAAGUUGGAUGUGGAGGAGUGAAAUUUCAGGAAGUUAUAGACGAUAAUUCGAACAGAAAGAGAACAGUCUAUAGAUUGGUUUGUAAUUUCUUACCCAGUGGUAAUAUUGUGGGACAACCUGUUUACAAAGAAGGAGAUCCCUGCAAUCAAUGCCCCGAGUAUUCAAGCUGUGAUGUAGAUUUCACACAUCUUUGCAGUCUGGUUCGAGCUUCUAAAUUUAGCACAACAUUAAAUUUUGGAAAGUUUACCAGCGAACAUACAAGCAAAAUUGAAUCUGAUGAGAAGACAGCUGAAAAUAAACGUAAUGUGAAGGAAAAUGAUCAUAUUAAUAAUGAUUCUAUAACAGAAAUCCAAGACGCUGGAAAUGAAACGUCAUUUGAUUAUUUCUCGCAUCUUUUUGACUAUAACAAAGUAACAGAAUUACUUGAUAAGCCAAUUACUUCUUCUUGUAAAGGUAUUUUUGCAGUCGAUGAGUUAAUAAAGUUACUAAAGAAAAACUUAGUGACGGAUAACUCAUUUAAAGAAAUGUUACUUUCAACAAAAUCAACCCUGAGCGAGAGUAAAUUCUCUGACUCUAAAGUCGAUGCCAUAGUUAGUCGAAUUUACAGCAAAAAAACAACGCCUUUAUCGACAAAAGCAACAGAGAGUGAUGUAGUUAACUCCACUUUAUUGGCAGAUUUAGUCGAAGCCGUCAUAUUUCGGAACCGUGAUAAAAUUUCUACAAUGGCUGAAGAUACUAUGGAUACACAAAUGCCGUCUGAUGUUAGUCCUGUUAGAGUGCGAGCAGAAUUAGGUGAAGUUCAACGUAAUCUUGAGUUCACAGGUCAUUAUUUUUUUCCUGAAGAUGAAGAUCAUACUACAGAAACAAUAGACACGGCCUAUUACGACACUUCUGAUUUGCCAAUUUCGGAUAUCGUAUUAGAAAUAGAAGCAUUAAAGCGAAAUCCGGCAACAAAGGACUUUAUAGAAGAAAUUUUAGAUACAGAUUUAAUUUCAGAAAGUCCCACAAAAAGCAGUAUUGUUCUAAAUGACAACGGAUAUGGUUAAAAAUAAGUACGCCAUUUUAACAGUGAGCGAUACACACGUCAUGAAAUUAAUAUUUUUUUCAGGAUAUAUUGAUUUAAAAAAGCAAAAAUCUCCGAUUUCCACACGUGUGUGUUCUCAACUCAGAUCAAAGAGAGAAAGUCCUUUUAAUAAAAACAUGACAUAUAAUAAAAAAAGAAGCCUAUGUGAUGAUCGCGAAGUGUUAACA